AACUUUGUUUCUGCAGGAGGGACACAGCAGCACAUUUUGCGAUAGUCUCGACAAAUUCAAUAUAGUUUGCAGCACAAAAAAACAAAGUUUCUGGGGUUUCACAACUCGUUUUAAAAGAAGGAAUGCACCAUUAAAUAGGGAUGACACCUUCGAACCAGGAACAGAACAUUUGUUCGCAUUUUGUUUCAUUUUGCAUGCCCCAUGUUCCGGCCUUCUUUGCAAAACUCAAGAUGCCCAGGCUGUCCUCCUUGGAUUCAGAGCAACACAGUUUCCUCCUUAAUCCAAUUUGCAAUUAGCCGAAUCAGCUAAUCCCUUUCCCAGCUUUAUGGGGCAGGAAAGAGGGGCAGAGAGCAUUCGUGCCAAGGGAACGAACGAAGGGCUGGAAUCCAUUGGGAACAAGGCAAGAGGCACGGCAUUGCUCCUUCCCUGGGUCUUUUUGGUGGAAGCAGGACCCUCCAUGGCUCUCGAGGCUGGCCAAUGACUCUCCCUUUCGCCCCUGAGGCGGUCAGCGGCUGAAUGUCCAUCUGGCUCCGGUCCAGCGGCAUCAUGGGCCCUGUCGAACAGCAGCAGCUGGGGGGUCGGAUGCUGGGUUGGAUCGAGAAGGUGGUGCCCCACCCCCCAGAAGCCUCUCCCGUCCAUGUUGUCGUAGAGAAUGAACCAGAAAAGCCCCCCGCAGACACCAGGAGUUGGCUGGCCAGGCAGCUACCGGAACCACAACCAAACAGACUAACAGAAGGGAAGAAGCAAGAAGACUCCAAUGAUUCCCAUGAUUCUGGAUCAACACCAAGAAGCCCCGGCCGGGCCGUGGUGGCCUGGAUCUCGGAGGGCCUGGGGAGGGUCAUCCCGCAACCGGCCAGACCAGACAGCCCCCCCGCCCUGCCCGCCGUGGCCAAGAGUUUCGAGGCCAGCAUGGACAUCCCCGACGUGACCGAAGUCCAGGAAGUGAACGAUGAAGACGAGUUCGGAUUCGAGGUGACCGACCUGGACAACGAAGAUGAAGAAGAAAACAACCUGCAGUCCGUCUCCGAUCAGCAUCCAUUGGGACAAAUCGGAGGGAAGAAGGUGUUGACAUGGCUGGCGCAAGGCUUUGAGAAAAUGAUGCCGCAUCCAGGCUACGUGAAGUACUAUGCAGAGGACGGGGAUUCGGACUCAGAGGCAGAGGUGGCCGAGGAGCCCCAGGCCCCGUUGCCAGAGGGGGGUCCCUGUCCGGCCGGCUCUCCCGGCCCCUCGGGAGCCAAACUCCGGGCCUCCACCGGGAGCCAAACCAGCCUCAGCGUCUCCCUCUUUCCCAGGAGCCUCGGGGGCGAUGGGCUCAGUUUGUUUGAAUGGCUCUCUCAGGAACUGGAGAAAGUGAUGCCGCACCCAGUUUCUAAAACGGAUGAAAAUGGACAGAUAUCGGGUGCUGUGGAGCUGGGUCAAGCAAGGAGCAAAGGGGCUUGAAUGCCUCUGAAACAAAGGGACCCUGAAGAUUUUGGGAGCCGUCUUUUGGUCCGAGGCCGGCGAGGAAAAGAAUUUGUACAUUUUUAUUUUAUUAUUUUAUUCUAUUUUUGGUUCCGAAUUCCAGUGAAUAAAAGAGUCUAACCCUGA